AUGGAUGCAGGAUCUCUACAUGAAUCAUUUUUUUCUUUAGUCACCGGGAUAAAAGAAGCAAAACGUGCAUGGGAAAUUUUGGAAACCAGAUUCGGAGGUACCAGUGAUGUCAAGCAGUCAAAACUUCAAUUGGUACUGUCAGAGUUUGAAGCUCUCAGAAUGGGUGAAGAGGAAACGAUCUCAAUUUUUCACAGUCGUGUUCAGAAUUUGAUGAAUAGAGCCUCAAUACUUGGUGAACCUUUUACAGAUGAGAGAGUAGUCAAAAAGAUUCUUCGAUCUUUGCCAAAACUUUUUCGAAUGAAAUCAGCAGAAAAGGAAAAUGACAUAUAUGAUGAAACCUUGGCCCUGCUAACCAAGAACUUUAAGAAAAUCUUGAAAGGCUUUAAUCGAAGGAGUCAUGGACAAUCUAACAGGACACAGUACAAAGGUGGAAACUCCUCAUAUAAUAAAACAGAAACACCCUCUUUCACACAGAAUAGUCUGUCCCAGACUUGCCGAACAAGACAAACCAGAAGUAAUUCGACUGACACAGUUAGACCUCUCAACCGAUCAGUGCAAUGUCGAGAGUGUGAGGGAUUCAGACAUAUACAAUCUGAAUGUGCAACGCAUAUCAAGAGGAAGAAGGCUAUGUCUGUGGCUACUCUAAGUGAUGAUGAGGAGGAAGCAUCAAAUGAUCAGUCCGAUGACAAUGUGGGAAACUUUGUGGCCUUCUUCACAGCUACAGAAAAUCAAUCAGAAGAGAAUGAAUCCGAUGAAGAAUCGUACAUUUCGUCAGAUGACUUUGAAGAGAGAGUCCGAGAUAAAGCAGAUCAACUGGUAAUGGAAGGAACACGAUCCUCUGACAACUGUUAUGUUCUGACUAACGAAACUGCAUGUCGUCUAUCUAAAACAGAUGAAUCAAAACUGUGGCAUCAACGAUUGGGUCACAUAAACUUCAGAGAUAUGGAUAAAAUAAUCAAAUUAGAUGUUGUUCGUGGGAUACCUAAGCUCAGGAUAGAACAGGAAGGAGUUUGUGGUGCAUGUGCCAUUGGAAAGCAAAUAAGGGCUCCCCACAAAGCAGCAAAAGUUAUCACUAUUGAGAGAUGUCUAGAACUGGUCCAUAUAGACCUCAUGUGA